AUGGCUCGGACAAUGUACCCGGGGGAGGUGAGCCCGGGAGGUCGAUCCGGUCGAAGCCACUUCAGCGAUGCAGACAUGUCUCCUGUUGGUCGUCGCGGAGAGAAGCUUCACACGCUUCGCUCCACUGGCGGCUUCUCGACGCGACCCAUGAGUCGGAUUCAGAGUGCGCCACUUCUUCACGCGCAGCAGUCGCCCUCCGUGACCACAUGGUACACCAAUGCCUCGCAAUCGUCAUUCGGCAGCCCGGCCAACCGGCGCUCGUGGCAGCCAUUGGCGACAUCUUAUCGUGAGUGGGACGAAAUCCGAAACAUGGGAGUUCGCGAUCCCACUGACAAGCGAGACUUCGCCAAUGGAUUGGUGCCGAACUGGAGUAAGGAGAACACCAUGCGCAUGCAGGGCAUGCUGGAACAUGUCUUGUCAUGGACGUACUACCACAUCCAGCGUGACGAAGAGCACCCCCAGCGCAAAGAGGUCGGUGAAUAUUUGGAUCCGCAGAACGUGCCGGUGGCCCUCCGCUCUGGGGCCGCCCGCUUCAAGUUCUGGUGCGACUUGAAGCCGCCCUUUCAGGUAGUGCAGGUCACACGAGCAGAGGAGGCUUUGGGCAAAUGGCGCGAGGCAGUAGAGAGUGAAGGAGUAAAGCCACACCCCGAUGGAGAGCUCUUCUAUGUGACCUACGAGUGCCCACUGGCCUACCAUGUCGAGCGCGCCUGGGGUCUGAAGACGAUGGCCGGGACCUUCGACAACAAAGUGCACGGCGUUGCCAGCGUGACCCCGCUCAAGGGCGUUUCUGCCAAAGGCCCUAAACACGCAGCCAACAGUGAGUUUUGGGCAUGCCGGGUCUCCGCGGCCAUGCGCCCCAAAGCCUUGGCGCGUGCGAGCCUGGCCUUUGUCGCGGCCUGGCAAAGUUCCCAGGCCCUUCGCUCCUUUUCCACGUAUGUCCUCAACAAGCCUCGCGGCAUUGUCAGCCAGAGGAACGAUGUGUUGGGACGCGACAGUGUUUAUGAGAUAUUUCACAAGUUGGCAUGCGAAGGCCGCAUUCCGGGGCCGCCACCGCCUUCUCGCGUCGGUGCUGCCGGGCGGCUGGACAAAGACACGUCUGGGCUCAUAGUCCUCACAGACGAUAGGAAACUGAACUCUGCCCUCACCCAGAGUGGCACCUUUUCCAAGCGCUACGAGGUCACGGUGAAGGGCCAUUGGACUCCCGAGGAUGCCAAAUUCCAGAAGCUGACGGAGCCAUACCGCUACCACCGCAUCCAGACCAACUCCGGGAAUGAAUACUGGACUAUGCCGGCGAAGGUCAGUCUUCUGCAUCAUUGGCGCGAGCCCGUCGAACCGCUUGUGCCGCCAGAGCUUGGAGAUCGUUCCAAGCUCGUUUUCGAGCUUUGGGAAGGAAGGCAUCAUCAAAUCCGCCGGCUGAUCAAUCGAUCAGGCCUUCGGCUUUUGCAUCUUCAUCGCGUGGCUAUUGGGCCUCUGCAUCUGCAAGGCCUCGGCUACGGUGAAGUGCGACCAGUGACAGCGGAAGAGUUGGAUGAGCUGACUCGAGUUUGUCAAGUCUGCAGUCUGGAGCAACACAAAGUCUGA